GCUUAAGUUGAAAUUCCUGAUGGCGCUUCAUCAAUUGCCCAGACAAGCUUUUCUACAUUCGCCCGAGGACGAAGUAAGAAGGCAGUAAUUUCCGCAAAAUAUCGAGAAUAAAGUAAUAGGAGUUGCUCCGUUUGCUUCUAAUUUUAAGAGGCUUUGUGCCACAAAACGCCACAAUUUUCUGAUAAAAAUGUUAAGGGGCCAUUUAUGGUUUUUUCAUCUACGCCUUAACGAAACGCAUAAAUUAAUGUUAAUUUUCUAACGGUGCCGACCAAUCGGAAACUAAUAGAAAUUGUAUUUACGAGAUUUAAAAUAAACGAGACGCUGUGUUUAUACUGCUUUUAUUCGCCUUUUUUGUGAUUGACAUUACACGCCCUGUGUUUUAUUUAUACGAACGCGAGAUAUAAGUAAACAUUUAAAAUUAAGAUCGCAGCUCGCGGCGCCAUCUAGUUUUGGCGAGUUGUAACCCGCUAAGUUUGUGGGAAUAAUAAUUCAUUUUUUAUGGAAUUCUUUGACGAACCAACGUAAAGACUCACAUGCUUGCUAAACGGUGGUUCAUCGUGAAUCCUACUAAAUAAUAAGUAUGCUCGAGCGCGCACCGAUGAAGAAACUCCUUCCACCACCUGUUAUUUUCGGGGAAAGUGUUCUGAAUGAAAUCGGGACAAUGCCAUCGCAGUUCUUCGUCGGUGCUGAGGCCGACCGGUUUCAGUUGAUUUUUUCGGCGAACAAUGCGCGCGUGUUUUAAAAGGAUUUUGAAAGAUUUUUGAACAAAUAAAAAACUUCCAAGGCUUAAACGAAGAUGACGAAGUCUUACAGAGCGUGCGUUGACGUUUGCAAAUACGCGACCAGGCAGAGUUCCCAAGCGACGACGGCGAUAUGCGAGGCGUCGAAUUCGCACAAAUUCGUCAAACCGUAUUCGGCAAUUCCCGGCCCGAAGCCGAUCCCGUUUCUGGGAAAUACCUGGCGAUUGCUGCCCGUGAUCGGCCAAUACGACGUUUCGGACGUCGCGAGGCUCUCCGAACUGUUUUACAAAGAGUACGGCAAAAUCGUAAAACUGUCGGGACUCGUGGGACGGCCGGAUUUGUUGUUUAUCUACGACGCAGACGAAAUCGAAAAGGUUUACAGGAACGAAGGCCCCACCCCCUUCAGGCCAUCGAUGCCGUGUUUGGUCAAGUACAAGAGCGAAGUGAGGAGGGAUUUUUUCGGCAAAUAUGGCGGAGUCGUCGGAGUACACGGUGAGCCGUGGAAAACAUUCAGGACGAAAGUGCAAAAACCGAUUUUGCAAAUGAGCACCGUCAUGAAAUACGUAAGUCCCAUCGAAGAAGUCACGUCGGAUUUCAUCGGAAGAAUGAUGGAAAUGCGAGACGAAAAUGGAGAAACGCCAGCCGAUUUCGACAACGAGAUCCACAAAUGGGCGCUAGAAUGCAUAGGCCGCGUAUCUCUGGACGUGAGGUUGGGUUGCCUGGAUCGGAACUUGUCCUCGGAUUCGGAGGCGUUGAAAAUUAUCGACGCCGCGAAAUACGCGCUGCGAAACAUCGCUAUCAUGGAGCUGAGGUUCCCGUUUUGGCGCUACUUUCCGACCUCGCUGUGGACGCGUUACGUGAAAAAUAUGGACUACUUCGUCGAGAUCUGCAUGAAACAUAUCGACGCGGCGAUGGAAAGGCUGAAAGAGAAAAGGGACGUCGAGGACGAGGACUUGUCCUUGAUAGAGAGGAUACUCGCUAACGAGAAAGACCCGAAAACGGCGUACAUCCUUGCGCUGGAUCUGAUAUUGGUGGGGAUCGAUACGAUAUCUAUGGCGGUGUGUUCCAUCCUUUAUCAGCUGGCCACGCGGCCUGCGGAACAAGAAAAAUUAUAUCGAGAACUGAAACGGAUACUUCCCGAUAAAAACGAGCCCCUGGACGCCCGCAAACUGGACCAGAUGGUUUAUUUGAAAGCGUUCGUCAAGGAAGUGUUCAGAAUGUAUUCGACCGUGAUAGGAAACGGGAGGACACUCCAGGAAGACGCUGUCCUGUUGGGAUACAGGGUCCCCAAAGGGGUUCAGGUCGUUUUUCCGACGCUAGUGACGGGAAGUAUGGAGGAAUACGUGUCCGAACCUUGCAAAUUCGCACCGGAACGGUGGAUGAAGGGAGAGGGACGCGAUUAUAGAACGCAUCCGUUCGCGUCGCUGCCCUACGGUUACGGGGCAAGGAUGUGCCUAGGCAGACGCUUCGCAGAUUUGGAAAUCCAAGUGCUGCUGGCCAAACUCGUGCGAUCCUACAGGCUGGAGUUUAACCGGGAACCCCUGCGGUACAAGGUGACCUUCAUGUACGCGCCGGACGGUGAGCUCAAGUUUAAAGUUAUCCCUAGGGAAGAGUCGCCCUAAUUUUGUUAUACGAACAGACGGAAAAGGAAGUUUUUGCGUGGAAACUUUUUCGUAACUUUCCGAAACCGUCAAGAGAGAAAUAAUAAAAAAGAUGAUUUAUUCGUAUUAAAUUGGACGUCCUGUAUAUUGAAUCGCGCAGACAAACGUCUGUUAUUCUCCGUUUUGGAAAAUAAAGAAAUAAUCGUAUAAAUGUUCUGAGUUCCUCGGUUUAAAAAAAAUAUACAGGGUGAUCCGUUUAAAAAAAUUUCGAAAACUUGAGAAAAAACUAUAAAACUUUCAUAUAAAAGCUGGGGCGAAUUAUGCGAAUAAUUGUGAUUAUGUAAUAUAGAAUAAAAUACUUUUUAUACUGAG